AUGCAGAGCUCCAUCUGCCUAGAGGACGUCGACGAGGGCGGCCCGGCCUCUACGGAGCGGGACGGCCAACCGCCCGCGAACGAGCCCCCACCCGUAACGGCCAACUUCGAGCCGCCGCCGGCACCCCCCAAAUCAGGCCCCUUGAAGCCCGAGGCGUUUUUGGCGCGGCAACGCCAGCUCGGGAGCCUCGGCGGGAAGUGCGCCGGUUCUGUCGGCGAGAACAAGUUUUUGGUGCAACUCGCCGUCGAUGGACGCGCUAGGUGUCGGGCCCGACUUUGGCCUGUGGACAUAGAUUUCAUGCCUCGUGCCUGGCACGCCUCGCGGGCGCUAACGGCACGACGCCGACGAGACGCGGCGCGCUCACGACGUGCCCGAACUGCCGCACGGUCUCACGAGUGGCGGUGACGCCCGUCGCGGCCCUCGGCGUCGGCGACCGCGUGGACGCCUUGUGGGGACAACGAUGGUAUCCGGGCGUCGUGGACGCGGUCGCUGACGGCGGCCGCGCCUACGAAAUCGUGUUUGACGACGGCGACGAGGGUGAGGUGCCGGCUGCCCAUGUCCGGGCCGAACAGCUCACGGUCGACAUCGACGCGCCGUGGACGCGCGCCGGCGCCGAAGGUGAUUGUCGACCCCGAGGCGCCAAGACUCUAUGCGGCGGAGGCCGCGGCCCACGGCAAAAAUUGUACUGGGGAUGACGACGGUCGACGACGUGGCGCAGGUCGCGAGGCGCUCGAGGCACGGCUUCCGCCAGCGCCGAAGGAAAAAGUGAUCAAGUGGAAGCUGUCGGGAUGCACGGUCGCGGUCACGCCGGUGAUGGUGCCCGAAGCAAGCCGUGUGCCGCCGAAGAAGCCUCGCUUUGUUCAGAGGUGCGUUGAGGGAGCCAGGUCGAAAGCGAACGGCAAGUGGUCCAGCCAACAUUUCCCCGGCCGCGAGUUUGACGACCUCGACGCGUACCGCGCGGCGAAGAAGCAGCGUGUGGCACAGAAGUACCGCUGA